AUGAGUGAGUUGAACGAUACUCAAUCUACUUCUACGAUGUUGCGUAAUAAUAAUAAUGAUGAUGAUGCAUUAUCCAUUGAACAAAAGACAACCAAUCUGACUUUGAUUCAACUGAAUUCUGAUAAAAAACAACCAGAAGAAACUGACCAACUCCCACCAUACGAGAUUCAACAACAACAACAACAACAAGAAAAAGAAAAAGAAGAAGAAUUUGUUGACUUGGAAGCUGGUUCUCAAGAAAAAUUAUCAGAGAAAACUGAAAGAAUGGUAGUUGAGUUUUUCUUGAUAUUUCAUAUUGAAUGUCUGCUUUAUUGGGUUUCGAAAAUUUUAGGACAUUUGCCUUCUAAAGAUCAUCAAUAUGCUUUGUUCCCUUAUGAUGCAUUGGUUGUGGAUUGCUUAGGGUUGUUAUGUGCUUUGAAUUUAAUCGUCACUACUAUUAAAGCUUUGAGAAAAUCUCCUUCAUCUUUAGCAUAA